UAGAGAAAAACUUACUAAGUAUUUUUCUAUAAUUAUUUAGGUAUGAGGUGCCUAACUUAGGGGUGCCUAACAUAGGAGGUGCCUAACUUAGAGGUGCCUAACUUAAGGAGGUGCCUAACUUUUACUCCUAUAAAUACAUUAGUAUGUUGUAAUAAUAGGUAUUGAAAUAAAUUAUAGUUCUACAUGUUUGUCAAGAUGGUAUCAGAGCUCCCGAUCUUGGGAGCUCUAUUUCCGCUGCACUGAUAAGCUACCAGCCAUCAGCAACCACAGCUAUCCAGCCACUACAACUAUAGUAGAAACUAUUGGAAUCACUGAUAGGACAGAAAGGGACGCCUAUCUACAGCAAACACAACAUUGCAAAUCGCUCCGGAGAAGACGUUGCCACGCGCCGCCACGUGCCGCCACGCACAACCAGACUUGCCGGCGCGUGUAGCCCACGCGCCUAGUUCCGGCGAGACCCAUUCGCCGCCGACGUCACAGAAGGAGUCGCUGGAGCCUCCUCAUUCCGUUACAAGGGCCGGUGACAACCCAUUUGGCUCAGAUCGGAGUAAAUCUGAGUUUUUGAAGUACUGCUCCAUAUUAUCCUGUGUACCCCACACUGUUUUCCGCUGCCCAGCACUGUUUUUCCGCUGUCCGACGCCGUGUGCCGCUGUCCGGCACCGUUUGCCGCUGUCCAGGCACCGUUUGCCGCUGUCCAGGCGCCGUUUGCCGCUGUCCAGGCGCCGUUUGCCGCUGUCCAGACGCCGUUUGUUGCUGUCCAGGCGCCGUUUGCCGCUGUCCAGGCACUGUUUGUCGCUGUCCAGGCGCCGUUUGCCGCUGUCCGGCACCGUUUUCCACUGUUUCGUCAGCAGAUGGGUCCCCAGAUUGCAUUCCCAAGGAUGUCUGAGGCAGCAUUGUGCUCUGCAAGAAUCAUAAAGAAAGUUCCAGACUUGGCCGAAAAUUUUGUUGGUCCUGCUACUGCCUUACUAAGGGAGAAACAUCAUGGAGUUUUGAUCACUGGGGUUCAGCUUUGUACAGAUUUGUGCAAAAUUAGUUCAGAAGCUCUUGAACAUGUUAGAAAGAAAUGCACGGAUGGUUUGGUCAGAGUUCUAAAGGAUUUAGCAAAUAAUCCUUAUUCACCAGAGUAUGAUGUUGCUGGUUUCACGGACCCUUUUCUGCAUAUCAGAUUGCUUAGACUGUUGCGGGUAUUGGGUGAAGGUGAUCCAGAUGCUAGUGAUUCUAUGAAUGACAUACUUGCCCAGGUGGCUACUAAGAUCGAGUCAAAUAAAACCAUUGGCAAUGCCAUCUUAUAUGAGUGCGUUCAAACAAUAAUGAGCAUUCAAGAUAGUGGUGGCUUACGGGUUCUUGCCAUCAAUAUUCUAGGAAAGUUCUUGUCGCACCGAGACAACAAUAUCAGAUACGUGGGAUUAAACAUGUUGAUGAAGGUUGUCACUGCGGAUGUUCAGGCAGUGCAGAGGCAUCGAGCAACAAUUCUGGAAUGUAUAAAGGAUUCUGAUGUUUCAAUUCGGAGAAGAGCCCUUGAACUUGUUUGUAUUCUGGUGAAUGAAACUAAUGUGAAGGCCUUAACAAAGGAGCUAGUAGACUAUCUGGAAGUCAGUGAUCCAGAUUUCAGGGUAGACCUUACUGAAAAAAUUUGUUCAAUAGUUUCAAAGUAUUCCUCAGAGAAGAUUUGGUACAUUGAUCAGAUGCUCAAGGUUCUGUCUGAGGCUGGGAACUAUGUGAAAGAUGAAGUAUGGCAUGCCUUAAUUGUUGUGAUAAGUAAUGCUUCUGAACUUCAUGGAUAUACAGUAAGAGCAUUAUACAAGGCAUUUCAGAGGUCAGCUGAACAGGAAACUCUUGUUCGCGUUGCAGUGUGGUGCAUUGGAGAGUAUGGUGAAUUCUUAAUCAACAAUGAUGGAAUGCUUGAUGUAGAAGAUCCCAUAAGGGUGACUGAGUCAGAUGUUGUACAUGUUGUAGAGAUUGCUUUAAAACGGCACUCAUUGGAUAUUACCACAAAAGCAAUGACUUUGGUUGCCCUAUUGAAGCUAUCUUCACGGUUUCCUUCCUUUUCGGAGAGAAUCAGGGAAAUAGUGGUUCAGUACAAAGGGAACUUUGUGUUAGAAUUGCAGCAAAGAUCCAUAGAAUUCAAUUUGAUUAUGGCAAAGCAUCAAAAUAUUAGGUCUACACUUGUAGAGAGGAUGCCAGUUCUGGAUGAGGCUACUUUCAUUGCUAGGAGGGCUGGAUCUUUGCCAGAUGCAGCUUCAACACCUACUAAUGGAGUAGCCAAAGCUGUGGCUCCUAUUGUAGAUCUCCUUGAUAUAAAUUCAGAUGAUGCUCCUAUACCAAGCUCUUCAGGUGGUGAUCUUCUUCAUGACCUUCUUGGUGUCAAUAUUUCAUUGGCAGCUCAGCAGUCUGAUGCUGCUCAACCCUCAGAAAAUGGCACAGAUGUUCUUUUGGAUCUGUUGUCAAUCGGAUCGCCUUCUGCACCAAAUGAAUUACCUGCACAAGGCAACUCAUCUACAAUAGACAUAUUGUCCCCCAAACCAAGUAAGAAGGCACCACUUUCACCAUUAGAUGAUCUGGCAUCACUUUCACCUUCUAGAACAACUUUAAAUGCUGGAGCUUCUCCUUUAGUGGAAUCAUUAGAUGGUUUUGUCCCCAGCCCACCAACAGAAGAAAGCAAUGAACUGGUUUAUCCAUCUAUAACUGCAUUUGAGAGUAGCUCCUUGAGGUUGGUGUUCAAUUUCUCAAAACAGCCAGGGAACUUACAAACUACAAACAUUCGGGCUACCUUUACAAAUUUGACCUCAAAUGUAUAUACAGAUUUUGUUUUUCAGGCUGCAGUUCCAAAGUUUCUUCAGUUGCACUUAAAUCCAGCUAGCGGCAAUAUCCUCACUGCUAGUGGAAAGGAGUCCAUCACGCAAAAUAUGAGACUUACUAAUUCUCAACAUGGAAAGAAGUCUCUUGUCAUGCGCAUAAAGGUAUCGUACAAGAUAAAUGGCAAAGAGACACUGGAAGAAGGACAAAUCAAUAACUUUCCUCGUGAGUUAUGAGGACAUAUGGUCAGAGGUCAUUCUUGCUGUGCACAAAGCCUUCUAUAUUUUCCGCACUUUAGUCUUUUGAGGAAUUUUCCUGAUCUAUUCUUUCAUGCAAUUAAUCGGGAUCACUUUUUGGGAUCAAGUUGUGGUCUGUUUGGUGGCUUCACAUCUUCCAUUAGUACAGAUUAUUCCUGCAUGAAAAAGUCAAAAUCUUUUUUUU